AUGGGUGAAGACGGGUGCAACAGAAAGGGGCUAAUGCUAAGUGACCUAGACUUGGCAAAGCUGGUCGACGGCGACGACGACGGUGAGCCACAACCGCCGGUUGUUAUCUCCAAGUCGCAGCGAUCAUCACUCAUGGACGAGCAGACUGCGUCGAGUGAGUUGCAGAACUUGACGGAUGACAAACUUAUCGAUUUUUUGGAGAGGACGAAGAAGUAUAAAUCGGGACUCUUUCCAAAACUGAAGGAUGGUGGCGAGAAAUUAGAAAUCAGUAUUAAGAAGUAUGAGAACGAACUGAAGCGACGACGGUUAAAGAAUGUUGAUGAUGGAUUGACGAAGCCCCUUCAUCUACAGAAUCAGAAUGGAAAUGCAGAUGGUCUAUCUCAUGGUGUCCUGAAUCGAGCAUCUUCAGCUGUGUCACCUGCUCAGUCUAGAUUUGGCUCGCUCUUCUGCAACCACUUGGAUGGGAAAACAGGUUCAACCACAGCAAAUGCGUUUGACAAGGAGUUAUCUACAUUAAACCGCUGUAAUAGACAUAAAAUGCAGUCUGAUAAGCAAUCAACUCCCAAUGGUAGAAAGAAGAGAAGGCUUUCUUUAAGGGAUGUACCUUUUCGAUCUCCGGGGCAUGCUUCCUUAAAUAUUGAUGAAAAACCCCUGUCAAGUGGCUAUCAAAAGGAUAGAAUUCGUCCCGCUCGUUCUCCACAUCUUUCUGUGAACUCUGCUCCCCAGGGGCGUCAAUAUUUCACUCGCUUAAGGCACACAAAGGGGGAAACUGUUGUACUUGUUGAUGAGGAGGAGGAACCUGAUGUUGAAGAAGUAACACCCCAGGAAAUUGAAGUACAUGAACGUUUCAGCGAGAACACCAUCAUAUACUAUCCGUCAAGGAAAGAUCCUGGAUCGGUUGAAAUUGGUUACUCAGACAUAAAAUGUCUUGCACCUGAGGCAUAUUUGUCAUCACCUGUAAUGAAUUUUUACAUAAGGUAUCUGGAGGAGGAGGGGAUAAAAUUGAAAACUGCAGUCGAGGAAAACCGCAGUUAUUAUUUUUUUAAUACCUACUUCUAUGAUAAACUGAAAGAGGCUGUGGAUAACAAGAACAUCAACGAUAACCCAUUUGCCAAGCUCCGGAGGUGGUGGAGAGGUGUCAAUCUAUAUGAGAAAGCUUAUAUAUUUCUUCCAAUUCAUGAGCAGCUUCAUUGGAGCUUGGUGAUCGUAUGUAUGCCACAGAAGGAAGUUGAUUCAGAAAUACUUCUCCUUCACUUAGAUUCUCUUGGACUUCACCAAAGCAGCUCAAUUUUUAAAAACAUAAAAAGUUUCUUAAAAGAGGAGUGGAAAUUCUUGAGGCAAGGAGAAGUUAUUUUUGAGCCUCCUGUUGCAGACUCUAUAUGGGAAAACCUUCCUCGGAGAAUUUUUGGCCAAACAAUUGAGGUGCCGCAGCAAAGAAAUGAAUAUGAUUGUGGUCUUUUUGUUUUGUUCUUCAUGGAACGGUUCAUUGAAGAUGCUCCAGGGAGGCUGAAGAGGAACGAUUUGGAAAAGUUUGGAAGGCACUGGUUCAACCCGGCAGAUGCUUCACGUCUGAGGAAGACCAUACGAAAACUGUUGCUGGAAAAAUUCGAGAAUGCAAGUGAGGAGAAUCAAGUGACAGAUCUGUAG